AUGGUCGACGCCAAGAUCCAGGAGCUGCUCUCCAAGCCCCGGUCGGAAUUGACAGAAUAUGAAGUCGCUCAGGUUGAAGAGCACGAGCUCACCACCGGUCCUCUCUCCAUCCUCCAGACCGCUGUUCGCUCGCGCACCCAGGUCUUGAUAUCAUGCCGCAACAACCGAAAGAUCCUGGCGCGCGUCAAGGCCUUUGAUCGCCAUUGCAACAUGGUUCUCGAGAACGCCAAGGAGAUGUGGACAGAGACCCCGCGUUUGGGGAACGGGCAGUACGGGAGGAAGGUCAACAAGGACCGCUUCAUCUCGAAGAUGUUUCUGCGAGGCGAUUCAGUCAUCCUUGUCUUGUUGUCUUAA